AUGCCCCGCUUCAACAGUCCCGUCGACGGUGCCCAUCUCUUCUAUCGUGACUACGUUCCCGCAUCCCAUCCACCACCAUACCACCCGGACCCUGCAUAUGGCACCAAACCGCAACCAGCCAUUGUCUUCAUUCACCCAUGGCCCCAGUCGGGGCUCGUCUAUGAGCCACUCAUGCUCCAGCUCUGCGAGACAUAUCGAUUCCGAUGCAUCGCUCCCGACCGGCGCGGUUUCGGGAAGAGUGACUGGAACGGCUGCGACAACGAUCAGUCCAAACCGAUAGACUACUCCGUUUUCGCAGCGGAUACGAUCCAUUUACUCGAGAAGAUCAAUGUCGGACCGUUCGUUUUUGUCGCUGCAAGUAUGGGACCCGCUGAGACCAUUCAAGCGUACUGGCAGAGCGAGUAUGUAAGAGAAAACUGCAAGGGAUUUUUCUGGAUUGGUCCCGCAUUGCCGUGCCCGCUGGCGUCUUCUGCUCACCCAAAGGCUCCAAGUCAGGAGGUUUGGGACGGUAUAAUCCAAGGACUGCGUACCUCGAGAGCAGAAUUUGUAAAGCAGGCAUUGCCGGCAUCACUGGGACCUGAUGGCGGUCAUAAUCUGCCGCAAGACACUUUACAGCAAUAUGUUCAACUGAUCCUUAGCGCCGAUUCUCUGGCGGUGGAGCGAUGCAUUCAGAUCAUCACUUCCACCGACUUCACCGAAAUGCUGGCAAGAAUCGGAAAGGAAACCGAUGUACCUGUCACGGCUGUCAAUGGCGAUAAAGAUACGGGGAAUCCAACGGAAGCGACCUUGGAUAAAAUCAAAGACUUGAUUCCUCGAGCCAUAACCAAGGAAUAUCAGAAUGGUGCUCAUGGUGAGUGA